AUGUCGCCACCAACCAAACUGGAUCUGGGGGUCGACCUCUUCGACGACGACGACCCAAAAAAUAUUUUUUGGGCUAGUUGCGACAUUGAACGUGAAACUUUCACACAAGGUGCUGUUGGCCAAGCCGAGCCCAUUGCUCUAUUCAAAACCCCACGUUGCAUUGUAAAGUUUGGAGACACAGGCACCUUUACGUUUAGCAAUGGGCUCGGCUUGACCAACUGCACCAUGGGUGCCAGUUUCACGAUCAAGCUUGCCAAUCCCAGAUUUCGCAAUGUCGCCACCAGCCAAACUGGAUCUGGGGGUCGACCUCUUCGACGACGACGACCAAAAAAUAUUUUUUGGGCUGUUUGCGACAUUGAACGUGAAACUUUCACACAAGGUGCUGUUGGCCAAGCCGAGCACAUUGCUCUAUUCAAAACCCCACGUUGCAUUGUAAAGUUUGGAGAUACAGGCACCUUUAUGUUUUGUUCAUGCAUUUAUACAAGAGGUGUCCGACCUCUUUAA